UGACUGCAACAGCAACAGGAACUCCAUUGCCUCGUUCACCAGCAUUUGUAGCAGUCAGUGCAGUUCGUACUUUCACAGUGAUGAAAUGGAUUCAGGUGAUGAGCUUCCCAUAAGUGUUCGAAUCUCUCACGAUAAACAGGACAAGCUCCAUAGCUGCUUGGAGCAUCUGUUUGGUCAAGUAGAUUCAAUCGCCAACCUUCUGAAAGGACCAGCCGUGGUGAGGGUCUUUGAACAGACAAAAUACUUCACGCCAGGUCGAGGUCUGCAAGAGUUGCAGCAGGAAAUGGAACCGAAGCUUAGCUGUCCAAAGAGGCUACGACUUCACAUUAAGCAAGACCCUUGGAACCUUCCCAGCAGUGUCCGGAGUCUUGCCCAGAAUAUCAGAAAAUUUGUGGAAGAGGUGAAGGCACGGAUACUCUUGGCACUUCUUGAAUAUACAGACAGUGAGAUACAACUGAGGCGAGACAUGGUCUUCUGUCAGAGUCUUGUGGCUACGGUCUGUGCUUUUUCAGAGCAACUAAUGGUGGCCUUAAGUCAGAUGUUUGACAAUAGCAAAGAAUAUGAAAUGGAGACUCUGGAGGCCAGCAGAAGGUGGUUGGAGCAGAUUGCUAACGCGGGGGUUCUUCUUCAUUUCCAGUCGCUGCUGUCACCCAACUUGGCUGAUGAACAAGCCAUGCUGGAAGAUACAUUGGUUGCACUGUUUGACUUGGAAAAGGUCACUUUUUACUUCAGACAAUCAGAGCCAGAACCACUAGUUGCAA